UCAGAGAAGUGUUGGUAAGCGGAUCUCAUUCUCUUCUCCGAGAAGCGAUGGAAGCCGCCGGCGAACGGUCGUCGGAGAACGGAGAAGUCGCGGAGAAGAAGGCAGGACCUUCCAUCAAGGAAGGCUCCAUCCAUGGCUUCGAAUCCCUCCAUAGCCUCCUCGAGGCAUCUCUCUCUCCCCAGCUCUUCCAGGAAGCAAGUCGCAUGCUACUGGGUUUGAAUUGUGGUUGCCCUCUGGAGCUCAUUGCUUUGCCGGAGUUUUCCACUUCUCUAUCUGAAAAGCAUGAUUUUGAUCUCCAGGCUUUCUGCUUUCGUGCUGACAAAGAAGCAUUGCGGGAACCUCGGGUUGUUCGGGCUGGCGUUAUUCAGAAUUCAAUUGCUCUUCCCACUGACGCACCAUUUUCAGAACAAAAAACAGCCAUCAUGCAGAAAGUGAAACCCAUGAUUGAUGCAGCCGGUGCUUCUGGUGUUAAUGUGUUGUGCUUACAAGAGGCUUGGAUGAUGCCAUUUGCGUUUUGCACCCGAGAGAAGAGAUGGUGUGAAUUUGCAGAGCCUAUUGAUGGCGAGUCGACACAAUUUCUUCAGGACCUUGCUAGGAAGUAUAAUAUGGUCAUAAUUAGUCCAAUCCUUGAAAGGGAUCUUAACCAUGGAGAAACUAUUUGGAAUACUGCUAUUGUGAUUGGAAACCAUGGCAACAUAAUCGGGAAGCAUCGGAAGAAUCACAUUCCUAGGGUUGGGGAUUUCAAUGAGAGCACAUAUUAUAUGGAGGGAAACACCGGGCAUCCCGUCUUUGAGACUGCUUAUGGGAAAAUUGCAGUGAACAUCUGCUAUGGAAGGCACCAUCCUUUGAAUUGGAUGGCAUUCGGUUUAAAUGGAGCCGAGAUUGUCUUCAAUCCGUCAGCUACCGUCGGAGAGCUAAGUGAGCCAAUGUGGCCCAUCGAGGCUCGAAAUGCUGCCAUAGCAAAUAGUUACUUUGUCGGGUCUAUUAAUCGUGUUGGGACUGAGGUCUUUCCAAAUCCAUUCACUUCUGGCAAUGGCAAACCACAGCAUUCAGAUUUCGGACACUUUUAUGGUUCCAGCCAUUUUUCGGCUCCAGAUGCGUCAUGUACUCCAUCCCUCUCACGUUAUAGAGACGGCUUGAUGAUCGCGGACAUGGACUUAAAUCUCUGUAGGCAGUUAAAGGACAAGUGGGGCUUUCGUAUGACUGCUCGUUAUGAGUUAUACUCAGAGCUGCUUGCUCGAUACCUGAAACCCGAUUUUAUGCCCCAGGUUAUUGUCGACCCAUUGAUGCAGAAGAGACCAUAAGAUUUAAGCUUGUGUGAAUGGCAAUGUGGCUGCGAAAUGAAGUUCGACCUAAAGGUUUGCGCCGUUGCAUUCUUAUUGUGUGGUCUUCUGUGCUGUUGGGCUUUCAUCAUGUUCAUUCUAGGUUGGGUUGUAUUCUAUGGUGAUAAACGAAAAGCCUUUAUGAAAUGUCGCAUUCAACAAGUGAUGAUAAUAGCAAAUCUUCAU